GAACGCGCAGGCGGAGCGGCCGGUCGGUGGUUGAUUGAUCUGGCACCGCGGCGCCCCACCGAGGGUGAGACGGGUCUAUCGCAGGCAAGGGGGCGUCCUCCCGGAAGGAGGAGGGAAGAGGAGUGGGGGAGGGGCAGGUGGCCCCGGUUGUUUUGGUAACCCGGGAGCCACCGUGGCCUCCGCGUGCCGGGCGAGCACGCUCCCAAUAAAGUUGUUGUUGAAGGGUGAGCGGCGGCGGCGGCACCACGUGGGCGCGGCGGCUGCAGGGAGGCCCGGUGGAAGGGCGGGCAGCCCAGUCCCGCAGCCGGGGAUGAUCGGGUCGUGCCUGUGCUACCUGCUGCUGCCCGCGGCGCGCCUGUGCCGCGUUCUUUCAGAUGCUUUCUUCACGUGUCGGAAAAAUGCUCUCCUGGCAAAGAGCUCGUCCCCCCAGGUGGAGGGCGGCUUUGCCAUGGCCCCUCGGGGUCUAGACCAGGAGGAGCGGGAAGGCUUGCUGCAUCAGUGGAGAGAGGAAGGGGCUAGCAGGCUGCCCACAUCUGUCAGUGAGGGGCCUCCUCUCGAGAAGGGGCUGGCCUCGGGAAGCUUGGCGCUCUUGAUGGCAGGCCCUGAAGAGCAGCGGGAUGCUGCUUCAGAGGAUAGGUGGUCCAAUGUUCAGCUGAGCGACUUGCGGGCUACGGAGACCCUGGAGGAACCCUUCUCCGACUUGGCGGGGAUCCCAGGAGAGGAGCAGCUGGAAGGUGUGGAUGGCACAGUGUGGACUGCUGUCCCAAUGCAGGCAGGACCCCAGUUUGCGGAUUGUGCUGUCCUGCCUGUGGGCACCCUUGCCACAGAGCAGUGGGAAGAGGACCCUGCAGUAGUGGCUUGGAGCAUAGCACCAGAGUCAGUGCCAGAGGAAGAAGCACCAGUCUGGCCCUUUGAGGGUCUUGGUCAGUUGCAGCCUCCUCCAGUUGAAAUACCUUAUCAUGAAAUCUUGUGGCGAGAAUGGGAGGAUCUCUCUGUCCAGCCGGAUCCUCAGGGCCUGGACUCAGGGGAGGCUCCUCAAUUCCAGUUUACUGUCAUGUCAUAUAAUAUCCUGGCCCAGGACCUGGUCCAACAGAGCUCUGAGCUCUACCUGCACUGCCAUCCGGACAUUCUGAACUGGAAUUACCGAUUCUCCAACCUUGUGCAGGAAUUCCAGCACUGGGACCCUGACAUUCUUUGUCUCCAGGAGGUUCAGGAAGACCACUAUUGGGAACAACUAGAGCCGACUCUGCGGAUGAUGGGCUUUACUUGUUUCUACAAGAGGAGGACUGGGUGUAAGACGGAUGGCUGUGCUGUUUGCUACAAGCAUACCCGGUUCCGACUGCUUUGUGCCAGUCCUGUGGAGUAUUUCCGGCCGGGCCUGGAACUCCUUAAUCGGGAUAAUGUAGGAUUGGUUCUGCUGCUACAGCCGCUGGUCCCAGAGAGCUUGGGGCAGAUAACUGUGGGUCCCCUGUGUGUGGCCAAUACACAUGUGCUGUACAACCCCCGCAGGGGUGAUGUCAAGUUGGCUCAGGUGGCCAUCCUCCUGGCUGAAGUGGAUAAGGUGGCAAGGUUGGCAGAUGGCAGUUACUGCCCUAUCAUCUUGUGCGGGGACCUGAACUCUGUCCCUGACUCACCCCUCUACAAUUUCAUCAGGAGUGGACAGCUCCAGUACCAAGGCAUGCCAGCUUGGAAGGUGUCUGGACAGGAAGACUUCUCCCAUCAGCUUUACCAGCGGAAGCUGCUGACCCCACUGUGGCCUAGCUCCUUGGGCAUCACUGACAGCUGUCAGUACAUUACUCCCUAUCACUCCAAGAGAUCGGAGAGACGCAAGUAUGGCCGGGACUUCCUGCUUCGUUUCCGCUUCUGUGACAGUGCCUGCCAGCGGCCAGUGGGACUGGUCCUGAUCGAAGGAGUGACAGAUGCUAGACCAGAGCGUCCUGCUGGCUGGUCCCAGUCUGUCCCUGAAGCGGACGCACCUGAUCCAGAACCCUUCUUCCCCAGGUCUUCAGGCACCAUUCAGCACAGCCUCAACCUGACCUCAGUUUAUAGCCACUUCCUACCCCAGCACGGCCGCCCAGAGGUCACCACAAUGCCCUUGGGCCUUGGAGCCACAGUGGAUUACAUUUUCUUCUCUGCUGAGCCCUGUGAAAAUGGACACAGAGCAGGUCGCCGGCUGUACCGGGAUGGAGCCCUUAAGCUGCUUGGCCGUCUCUCCCUCCUCUCCGAAGAUGUCCUUUGGGCUGCCAAUGGCUUACCCAACCCCUUCUGUUCUUCAGACCACCUCUGCCUGUUGGCCAGCUUUGGGAUGGAGGUCACCGCCCCAUGAUGGGGCUCUUAGGGGACGGGGGGCUUAUCCUCCAGAAGAGCUCAUUGGAUCAGAGACUGUGGAAAUCCCAAGCUUCUGGAAACUUACACCCAAGGAAUUUCCCUCCCCCACCCCUCCUUUCACCCUCCCCUUCUCCUUCUUGGUUGGAUUUCCUCUCUCCCUUUCCCCCACCCACUAUGCCCCUGCUCCUGCCCCAACCUCUUCCUAAUCCUGUGCCUCACACGCAGUGGCCCUGGGAGAGGCAGGAGGGGGGCUCCCCUUCCUACCAUGUAUCCAGCGCCUCCCCCUUGAUUUUUAAUUACCAGGGUUGCGGGAGUUUUUGAUCUCAUUGGUUAUUUGCUUUCAGGCUGCAGCUUGUUGACUCCCCAUUGCAGCCACUGCUGCCUGCAAUCUCCCCUCCUGUCGAGCAGAUUGCCCACUAGCCUCCCUGGCCCCUGCCCAUCUGGUCUAGCCAUUAUACAGCUACUGUAUAGAAUGUAUAGUGUUUUUUUCCCUUGGUGUUCUGGUAAGCUGCAAGAUUGAGUGCAGCAUUAAUUGCCCCUCCUAGGGUGGGUUGAAUAUGAGCAGGUGAAGUUAGUAGACAGAUUCUAAGUGACCUGCUUGCUGUAGAGUCCCUUCUCCCCUCCCCUCUCCUCAUUCCCCCUCUCCCCAGCUACCUUAUGUGUAGGUUGCCACAGAAUUGUGUUCAUCCAGCUUGGCCCUUGUGAACAAAGUGGACCCCUCAGUCUGGACCAGCAAGAUCAAGAGGGCCUGGUGAUCCAAGAUGAUCCGACUUGCCUCACUCCACAGCCCCCACUCCUGAAGCUAAGACAUGGCCCUAGUGUAUUUCUCUUGGGUUCACCCCUACACCCUUGUAUAAGAGAAGUUGGCCUUUCCGAGUGUCAGUUUGGGGAAGGUGGAAGCUGCGGGAAUGGGGGAGGUGGUGUCAGAGGAGCUGAGUAUCUUGUAAGAUGAAGAAAUUGGGUCUGAAGGAAAUGUUCUUCUGGCCUGAUGGUAUCUGAAGCUGGCCCAGGGUGGUGGUUUCAGUGGGAAACAGGAUGUGAAUUGCUGCCAUCAUUCAUUUGAGGGCUAUCUGCUGAAGCUUAAAAUCCUGAGGAAGGAGCUUGUCCUUUCUCGUUACUCCCAAGGAGCUGAUUAUCCUGCUUUUCUGAUUCCCCAGGCCCUCCUUGAGAAGCUGUGGUGUUGGGGAGACAUUAUCUGGGAAGCAUCUCUUUUAUUCUCAGUGGAACAAUUUGGUUGGAGAACUAAGGGAUGGCAAUGAAGCCAGUUGGGUGGGAAUGAAUUGUAGAGACCACUAGUGCCCUGGCCAGGUGGCAUCCAACAUAAAGCCCCUGCUUGACUCUCCGGUAGUGAGAGUGGGAAUGGGUAAGGAGUACAUAUGCAUGGGGGGGGGUGUCUCCCUAGAACCUACAUGUUCUUGCCCUGCCCUGACUGCCACUCCUGUGUGCCUUAAUCUCUCCUGGUAGCCUUCUUCCUGGUAGCCUUCCCCUUAUGCUCCCCUUAACCUUAAGGCAGAUUCUGAAGAUGCUUCUAUCCCCAUUGGGUCUGAGUUCCCUUUGUAUUUUUCCAAGCCCCCUCAAGUGGGCCUGCAGAAUCGCUGAUAAGCCUCCUCAUGCCCAUCAGAAGAGUUUUUUAUCUUAAAGGAAAGCCAAAGACCCUGCUUGAACUAUGCUGUCGCUUUUUUUUUUAACAGACCCCUUAGUUCUGCCUCCUUUACAUAAACAAUGGCUUGCCUGAGGUUUAGGAGCCUCUAUUUGCCUGAUUAACUCCACCUGCUUUUUAGCACCCCUUCCACUGUGUUUGCUUCUCCUGGGUCCAUCCUUACAGGGCCUCAGGACAUCACCCAUUUGUUCCCCAGCUGCCCCUUGCCCUGUUCUCCCUUGUUGGGAAGCACCAUGGCCCCAUGCUGGGAAGGUUUACUAGGGAAUCUUUUGGUCUCUGGCUUGUUUCUGUUUUGAAAAGUGAAGUAGGAAAUUUUUCAUGCUAAUUUAAUUUUUUUUCUGAAAUAAAGGUUUGUCUUUUUUUUUUCC